AUGGUGCACUUUACGUCGCUCGCAGCGCUCCCGCCCCAGCGCGUGAACCGCGUGGUCGUCGUCGGGUCCCUCGAGACGCUGCAAGCGCAAUCCGCGCGCGACAGUUUCCUCCACCAGACGCUCCUCCGCGCGUCGGCCCACGCCGUCGCCAGCGACGCCCCUCCCAACACACAGCUGCUGCAGUACGCGCUCGACACGCUCCGCCCCGGCCCCGACAGCGGCGCCACGGCGUCGCUCCUCCUGCUGCCCACCGCCGCCGCGAGCGCCGAUCCGCUCUCCCUGACGCUGCACGCGCUGCCCACUGCGCUCUCGCGCGCCAACUGCCCCGCGCGCCCCCACGCGCUCACGUCGUUCCUCAAGCGCCACACGCGCGCGAUCGUCUCCACCGCUUCCCCUUCGGCGCCCACCGACGCCCUCUCGCCCCCCGUAGUGCUCGUGCUGCUCGUGCUCCCGACCCACAGCGCCACGUGGUUCGCCGCGGGCGCAGCAGUCGCACGGGCCGCUCCGCUCUACGCGCCCCGUUCGCCGCCGCCCGGAGCGCUCCACGUCCUGUACGCGACGCCGCUCACGGCCGCCCAGCAGACGCUCGUGCAGCACACGGCCGACGGCGUGCGACUGGCCGCGCGCCUCGUGGACGCGCCGCCCAACGAGUUGCACGUGGACGCGUUCGUGGCCGAAGCGCAGGCGGUCGCGGCCCGCACCGGCGCGCGCGUCACUCUGAUCCGCGGCGACGCGCUACGCCUCGCGGGCUUUGGCGGUCUCUACGGCGUCGGGAAAGCGGCCGCGCACGCGCCGGCGCUCGUGUGCCUGAGCCACGUGCCGCCCGCUGCCGCCGCCGACGCCCCGAGCGUCGCGAUGGUGGGCAAAGGCAUUGUCUUUGACACGGGCGGCCUCUCGCUCAAGACGGGCGGCGCCAUGGCCGGCAUGAAGCGCGACAUGGCCGGCGCGGCGGCGCUCCUGGCGGCCUUUGACGCCGCGUGCUGCGCGCGCAACACGACGGACCGCGUGCCGCUGCACGCGGUGCUGUGCGUGGCGGAGAACGCCGUGGGGCCGCUGGCCACGCGCGUGGACGACGUGCUGGAGCUGUACUCGGGGAAGCGCGUCGAGGUGAACAACACGGACGCCGAGGGCCGUCUCGUGCUGGCGGACGGCGUGGCGUACGCCGUGCGGCACCUGAACCCGAAGGUGGUCGUGGACAUGGCCACGCUCACGGGCGCGCAGGGCGUGGCCACGGGCACGCGCAUUGGCGCUGUCUACUCGAACGACGCGCAGCUCGAGCAGAUGGCCGUGCGGGCCGGCAGAGCGUCGGGCGAUUUGGUGCACCCGAUGGCGUACGCGCCCGAGUUGUACCGCGACGAGUUCGAGAGCGCGAUCGCCGACAUGAAGAACUCGGUGAAGCACCGCGCGAACGGCCAAGUGGCCUGUGCCGGGCAGUUCAUUGCCAACCACUUGGGCGACUUUGAGCACUCGGGCAAGUGGCUGCACGUGGACAUGGCGUACCCGGCGUUCACGAGCGACGACGAGCGGGCCACGGGGUACGGCGUGGCGUUCAUGCAGGCGCUGCUCAAGGAGAUUGACGGCGCGGACUGGUGA